GCAACCGGUACAGCAGCAACGGUGAGCAGUAUGGACUGGAGGGUGUGAGGCAUGAUUUGCUACGGGAAUAAAUAACGGGACCGGGGCGAUAUUUUCCAACCAAAGAAAGGGCCACACGAAAUACGGCGAGAAGAAGGAAGCGGAUACUUGAGGAGAGGAGAAACUGGGUUGCAGCUAGAUAAAGACAGUGCCACACGUUACAGUGUUGAUGUCGGUAUUUGGACGCGAAUACCUGCCGAAAAUAGUCUCGACGUCCAUUGUUGAAGCUCCUCUGUCCUGUGUGACCCCCUGACACAGAGAGGAUGGUGAUGGAGGAGGGGGGUCAGAGAGACAGAGGAAGGGGGAAUCCAGUGAUAACAGAAGGAGAUGGGAAACAAAUCUUAACAGAACUUGCGGAUCAAAACUUCGACGCCAUUUGUCUCUCUACAUAUCGAACAGCAUGCAAGCUCAGAUUCAUCCAGAAGAGAUGCAACUUGCACUUGGUCGACAUAUACAAUGUGAUCGAGGCGGUGCGGGAUGCUGGUCUGAACGCUGUGGAGCUGCAUGCUGGCAUCUCUAUGAUCAGACUGGAGAACCUGGUGUCCUCUCUGUUCAACCAGCUCAGCAAGCGACUGCCCACCACUCACGUCAUCAAUGCCAGAGAGAGCACCGUCCUAUUAGUCCAGUUCUUACUGGCUGCUAUUGACAGUGAACCUGACAGCCGUCUGACAGUGCUCUCUGUAAAGGCAAUGCUGGCCACACUGUGUGGAGGGAAACUGGUUGAUAAACUCCGCUAUGUAUUUUCUCAGGUAUCUGACUCACACGGCGCUUUGGUACAGUCCAAGUUUGAUGGAUUUCUGAGAGAGGCUCUAAAGCUGCCCACUGCUGUACAUGAAGGACCGUCCUUUGGCUACACUCACACUUUAGCACGCUCAUGCUUCCCACAACAGAAGAGGGUGAUGCUCAACAUGUUCCUGGACAUCAUCGCUGACCCUCCACAGUGUCUCGUCUGGCUGCCUCUAAUGCAUCGCAUGGCUAAUGUGGAGCAUGUCCAUCAUCCCGUCACAUGCUCAUACUGUCGUGGCAACGGAAUGACUGGCUUCCGCUACCGCUGCCUCCGUUGCCGUGGUUACCAGCUCUGCCAGGACUGCUUUUGGCGCGGUAAUGCCAGCGGCUCUCACAGCAGUCAGCAUCAGAUGAAGGAGCACUCAUCAUGGAAGUCGCCGGCGACAAAGCUUGGCCGAGCCUUGAGCAGGACUCUGGGCUGUGUGUCAUCCAGAGAGGCCCCUCACCCAAUUUACCCCGAGGAACCUGUGAGGACCCUUAACCUCGCUAACAUAGUCCCCACUCGUCCCCUUGAAAACACCAGUGAAGCUAUGUUGCUGUCCACAUCAGCACCAGAAUCAUCCAAGAGUUUGGCAGCUGCUCAGCGUAUGAACGAGGAACACGCUCUGAUUGCUGCGUAUGUGAAUCGCCUCCAAAGCAGCCCAAGUAGUGUAGACAGUCCCAGCAGGCAGGAUGAGGAGCAUAAACUAAUCGCCCGCUACACCUCCAGACUGGCAGAGACUGACAGCACAGGGGUCAUACCUAACCGGAGCAUCAACUUUGAUGUAAACAAACAGAAGAGGGAGCUCAUUGCUCAGCUGGAGUGCAAAAACAGAGAGAUCUUGGCCGAGAUCAAACGUCUCCGUGCACAGCAUGACGCAGCAUGCCAGGCCAGCCCAGAGAAGGGCAGCACCAACCCGACUCUGCUUGCCGAGCUCCGUCUGCUCAGGCAAAGGAAAGAUGAGCUGGAGCAGAGGAUGUCGUCUCUGCAAGAAAGCAGGAGGGAGCUGAUGGUACAGCUGGAGGGGCUGAUGAAGCUGCUCAAGGAUGAGGAACAGCGACAGGCAGCGCAGGCAGCUGGCUCUUCUCAUGCCUCUCCUUCCCGACCAAGUCCAUCAACUGUUCGCUCUGUAGGUGCUGCAUCCCCCCAGGUUCACAUGUACCCUCCUCAAGACUCACUUGCUGGGGUGGGGGGUGACGUACAGGAAGCAUUUGCUCAAGGCCCAAGAAGAAACCUGAGGAACGAUCUCCUUGUAGCAGCCGACUCUAUCACAAACACUGUGUCCUCACUAGUCAAAGAGCUCCACUCUGAUGAUGUUCGUGAGGAGGAGGAGAGGCUGCUGAAUGGGAAGGACAGAGCAGGUUAAAUGAUCAGAGGACAAACGAAAGCAGCAGAGUGAAAUUUCAUCACUUCUUGGCCAAAGAAGACUGACCCUGCUGUGAUUAUAUUAAAGCUUCUAAUAUGCAUUGUUAGCCAAUGGAGGUUAGAGCUCCACUGCCAAUCAACCAAUCACGAUGCUGGACACCAAAUGACCGCUGGGUCCCUACUGAUGUAUAGCUGUGAUUCUGUGUGCGUGUGUCUUUGUCACUGUGAUUUUGUUUGAUAAUCAUAGCUAAACGAGGAAAACUGAAACCUACUGAUUUGUACUGUAGCAUGUGCGUGUGUUUGUGUGCGCUCUGCAUUUUCAAAGUUCGAGUAGGUGAGAGGGACGUCGUUAAGAGACAGACAAAAGCAGUUAGGAAACUUGUGAAGGAUAAAAAAGCAGGAAAGUUUCAGAGAGAUACAGCAUGUUGCCACAUAGGGGAGAAAGUGAGGAAGAACAAAAGAAAGUCAAAAAGGAAAAGUGAGUUGUAUUGUUUAAAGUUUUGGCACUGUGUGCUUAGUAUUUAUUGCUUUGAUUUGAUUUUUGCUGUUUUAUUUGUUUGGUUUAAAUGUUUGUAUGAGUGUGGUCAGGCCCUGCUGAGAUGAUAAGCUUUAAUGGGACGUUUCCUGCCUCCACCCUGCAGCAGUGUAGAGUGGAGAGUUGAAGUCCAAGUUGUGCUCCAGGUGUCUGAAACCUGGAAGAGAUUAGUAACAUGGGUGCUGUUAUAAUCGCAGCUCAGGUUGUCCAGGCUUUUCUUUGUAUCUCGGUACUGCAGCUUGUAAAGAGUAGGUAUCUGAUUACUGUUGUGUAUAAAUGUGUGUAUGAAGUUGAGAGUGAGAGAAAAUAUAAAACUGUUGACUUCAACAGAGUCAUUGUAGCAACAGAAUGGCAAAGUGGGUGGAGAAAUGGGCUCCAGAAGUGUUUAUUGACAUUUUUGAAGAGUCAUUUUAACACAAUUUCCUAAAACACAGUACGAGUAAAAAAAGAACAUUUUCUUUCUAGUAUUUUUAAACUUUCACAUCUUCAUGACAAAAAAAACGUUUUUUGUAGAAUUUUAUCAUGUAGAUGUAAUAUAGCACAGAGGAUUAUUUUCAAACAGCAAGAGAAGAAAAUUUAAAACCCUCAAAAGCUGCAGUAUUUAAAUUCCUAGAAAGCAGAUUAGCCUUAAAUUCAAUGAUAAUACUAUUCUUCUUAACCAAAAGGAAACAGGUUUAUUGCUUUUGAAAGCAUGGUGGGAAAACAGCACAAACUAUCACAAUGUACAACAACAAAAUAUCAGAAAACAAUGGUGUACAAAGUCCACUUUCAUUCAUAACUUCAUGAAUGUAUUUCUUAAACCUCUACCCAAACUGUCAUGCAGAUAAAGAGCAAUCUUAGCCAAAUGGCAUAAGAGAGAUGGCAUCAAGAACAAGUGCCAAAACUUCAGUUGCAGUGAAUCUGCCAAGUACCACAUUUUAAGAGAAACCGACACUUCAACACUGACAGCAGGCCCUGCAGAUGAUUUAUUUACCCAUUGUUUCGUGGUAUUUAAAUAUUUUCACCUCAGAAGGAUACAACAUGAAGUGAUGGAACAGCUUUGCCUUUUGUGCAGAUAGCAUCAGAACAUGACCUGUGGCAGACUUAGCUUUUUGUGUGGCUUUUCCACUUACUUUUGGUGGCACCAAUCCAAACCAAGCCGAUUUACUUUCCAUUACCACUUUGGCCGUCACAGCGGUUGGUCAUCAUUCUGGGAUGCCUUACAGAUGUGUUUAAGUAGCAACUGCUGCAUCAAACGUUGAAUUUCAUUGGGACAACAGCAUGGACAGGCAUGAUGCGAGUGGACAGCUAAACCAAACUGUUCUUCUUCUUCUGGCAGAGCUAAACAAUGCUUACUGAAGCUCAGCUGUUUAAUGUCAUCGACUCAAAACACAGUGUCAUCAGCUCUAGAUUGCCCUCAAACUGAUAGCUUGGUUGCGGUGGGUAAGCAAAUCCCCUGUUGCACUUGGCAGCCAUUAAGUUAUAUUUUUGAGGUAUUUUUUUGCCUUUAUUAAUAGAAGAGGACAGUGGAUAGAGUCAAAGAAGGGAUGAGAUAGUGGUGGGGAGAUGUGCAGCAAAGGGGCCACAAGCCAGACUUGAACCGGGCCACCUGCGCACAUGGCCUUAACCAGGCCAUCUGUGCCCCAACUUUUGAAUUAAUUUUGUACCAGUCACGUGACAUUAGAUUUAUUAAGGUAUGCCCAGGUUCUGACAGAACCACAAAAAACAAUUAUUUGGCACCUAUAGAUUGAGGUAAAUGUAACAUUCAGUUAAUGCCAGAUACAUCUAAUUGCUUGUUAGCUCCUGCCAAAAAAGGGGCGUUGCUUUUAUUUGUUCCGUCCCCCCAAAAGAGGCAUGGCUGAGAAGAUUUGUGACAUGUCACUAUCAGCUGGUCUGAAGUAUGGAGAACAGCCAGAAGGGUAUAAUACAGAGAUGUAGAGGGUUUUUUAAUAUAUAUUUUUUUAAUUCGGAUAGAUUUCUUUUUAUUGUAGGGCUACUUUAGAGACUCAUUCACUUUUCUACAUGUAGUUUUCUGAGCAGUGGAGAUUUAACCAUAAUGUUUAGUUUUUAAUGUUUGCCCAAAAUGCUUCUCUUGCUGAAAAAUUGUAAAACUUAAAACACUGCCUGGACAGUAUCACUCCUCACCCUUUGCUACUCUGUUGUUUUUCAAGCUUUUUGUGAAACUGUGGGUGUCAGAACUCUCUAUGGAUGUCAACACCUAGCACCAAAAACUUUCAGACAGGUUAAUUUGUAUGCAAAUCAAACAUGACCCAAAGUGACUAGCUGAGCCUGUUGAGUUGAUAUAUUUUCAUGUAACAGACGGGAUGUAAUUUAACCGAAAAAUCUGCUUUUGGUUGUCAUUCUCAUAUGAAGCUAAACUUGACUGUUUUGUACAUUUUGGAUCAGUUGGACAUUUUUUCUCUAUCUUUAAGAUUUCACCAGCCAAUCGCAGCAUUUGACUGCCUGCUUAUGACAUUUAGAGUGAGCCGAUGAUUGACAGACUAUAUGAGUGAUUGAAUGAGUGACUGAGCUCAUGUUUCAGUGUGUGUGCGUGAAAGAGUGAGUUUGAAAAAUCAAGACUGAUAGGACGGACAUGUCCUAACAUGAAACUGUUCACAUUAGCUCUGAAUUCGCCUGAGCUGACUGUUUGAGUGAGAAGUAUUGAUUUAUCUGUGUUUCAUCUGCAAUAAAUGAUAUUUAACAUCAAA